AUGGAGCCAUCAGCCGAGGGAUUGCAGCUGACAGAGACGAAUCUGAAGAAGCUGCAGCCGUCGCUCAUCCGGCCGAUGUCGCCCAUGUCCAUAUCGUCGGGCGAAGAUGAAGUGGUGGCCGAUCUGGCGAAGCCGGAGCGCAUUGCGCGACUGAAGUCGUGGGUAUACAAUGCCAUGCAGACGUUGGUGGGCCUGGGAAGCGAAGGGCGGGGCGUUGUGGAGGCAGACGAGCUAUAUGUGGCUGGGCCGGGCGACGUGCGACUGCGAGGGGCGGACUCGAAGACGGCCGGGACGCGAAAGCGGAUGUGUCCAGCCGAGGACGGCGAAGUCGAUGCAGGCGCAGACAUGGUACAACCAGACCUCAGCGACGCGGAGUACUGGGAGACGAAGCUGCGGUACCUCGAGGCCCGGUGCCAGCCGCUGUGCCAAGAGCGGAGGAAGCGGCGACGAUUGGAGCCGGCAGCAGAAGAGCAGGAAAAGAAAACAGCAGCAGUAGCAGCCGCAGCAGAAGAGGCAGAGGGAGCGCGGGCAGAGUGUUUGCGUAUCGAAGAGAGCAGGCUGCUGUGGCGAGACAAGCAAGACGCCAUCGACGUCUGGAUCCGAGGUCUUCCACCCAUCGAACGGCCAAGACAGUUCAGUCCGAUUCCCGACGACAGCCACUCUUCCCCGACCAGCCGCUCGUCCUACGACAGCAGCCACAGCAAGGACACCAACAAGCCCCCGUCAUCUGACUCGUCCAUCAUCGAGAUCACGUCGACGCAGUUCUCACAUGCGGUCGGGGGGCGGCAGCGGGCACCAGAUGCACCAGAUGCAUCCAUGACGGCCGUCGCGGGAACAGCGACACAGAACAACAACACACAAGAGAGGGCUGUGGCUUUGGGUACUACGACGCUGUGGAAGAAGGAAGACGGGGAAUAUAGAGGGGUGACACACCUCACGUCGCCGCCCGAGUCGCAGGGGGCCACAAACACGUUGGACAAGGCGUUUAAGGGCUUGGGCAAGCGACGGCGAUCGGAGGGGCAAGUGGCGCAAUGGGGAGGAUGA